AUGUUGCGAAUAAAAGCAUUAAGUUCCAGAAAACAACUACUUUGGUUGUUUUUGUUAGCGCUAGCGUGCUUUACGUAUGGCACCGAGUUUUCGGCUACUCCAAAAAAUUCCGAGUCAUCCUCAAUAGCUAACGGUACUGAAAUUUUGAAAAGCCUAAGCAAUACAAAUCAAAAAGAAAACUUGAGAAGUGAAAGCGCAGAGGAAACUGUGGAUAUUGAUUAUGACGAGGAGCAGGACGACGAUGAUGAUGACGAUGACGACGAAGUAACAGGAGAAAGGCCAAAACACUCACGCAAAAAGCUUAUUAGCAUUAUAAAACGUGUGGGCACAACUUUUACUUGGGAUCGCUGGGAAAAGUGGACUAAAUGUAGUAACUCUUGUGUGCAAAUACGCCGCAGAAAAUGUAUCGAACGUAAACUGACUUCACUUGAUGCUGCUCCGAUUGACCGUGAAUUCUAUCCAGAACCCAAUGGCCUCACCGGUUGUCGAGGUAUUAUAAAACGGUUCCGGCUUUGCAAGGACGAAAAAUGUAAGGCGAAAAAAAAGCGGCAACGUGACGAACAAUGUGCCGCCUUCAACAGAAUAGCAUAUAAAGAAAAGUACUACAACUGGUUGGGUUAUGAAAAAGAACACAACGAGUGUGAGUUGUUUUGUCGUCCAAGUGGUUCGGGUAUGUUCGUGAGCAUGAAUCAGUCGGUGACUGAUGGGACUACCUGUGGCAGACCGGCAGUGUAUUACACGCACUAUUAUAGACGAAAGGCGGUAUGCGUGGAAGGAGUUUGCCGGGCGGUUCAUGAAAGUGGUGCCAUACGCCCAGCCACCACCAGCGACGCCCAAACGAAAUGUGGUUCGGUGUUAUGUGAGAUGGUCUCCGAGGUGUUCAGUAAAGCCAAGUUGAGUUAUGGCUACAACUAUGUGCACACAAUUCCAGCGGGGGCAAUGAACUUAACGGUGAAACAGCUGGCGCGAAGUGAUAAUUUAUUGGCGCUCAAAACUACCGAUGAUAUCUUUCUGAUUAACGGCAAUAAUCGCGCCUCGGAGAGUGGCAUAUUCGAGUAUAAUGACGACAGCUAUGACUACAAUCGCGAAUUGAGUAUAAUCACUGCUAAGGGGCCCAUAAGUAAACCCGUUGUGCUUUUGCUCUUUGUGCGCGGUCAUAAUACUGGGAUAAAGUAUGACUACACACUGCCCGUACCGUCGGCUUCCAUAGCCGAGGAGGAGGAGCUGCAGUCACAGUGGAACGAGGUGGGCCAGCCACUGGACGAGUUAGACGAGAACACCAUUGAUGGCUCCGUUUCGGCACAGAUCGCACGCGCACGCGAACGUAAACGACGCAAGUUCUCGUGGAAGCUACUCGGCUUUGGUGAGUGUAAUCGUUCUUGUGGACCAGGUAUACAACCUCCAAUUUUCCGUUGCAUACGCGAUUUACCGACGCGUUACUAUUCACCAAAGCGUUGCGCCUUUGUAGAGAAGCCAGUCUUCAGUGAGGACAUCUAUCAUUGUAAUCGCGGACUGUGUCCAGCUUAUUGGCGCGCUGGUGAAUAUGGGGAGUGUAAAUGCGCCGAAGGUGUGGCCGAGGGUGUGCGCUCCCGUUACGUGAAUUGCGUGCAGGAACAAAAUAACGGCAAGGUGGAAGUGGUCUCCGAAGAUUUGUGUGAGCAGGAAAAGUUGCCACAGUUGAAUGAGACAUGCAAUUGUCCAAAGCUGAAUCGGCGUAAGAUUUACGCACGUGGACCAGACAAGACACCACGCGUAUUCUCGCGUUUGGUGAUAGCGCCCACUUUGGUGCGCAGUGUUUACAACUCAACCACGCCAUUGCGGCGGCAUCUGCGAGACGAUCGCGUGGACAAAGCAGGUGUGUGGUUGAUGUCGGGCUGGAAUCAAGAGUGUUCGACCGAUUGCGGCGCUGGCUUUGAGCAUCGCUCGAUCUACUGCGACCGCACGCCACCCUAUACGGAUCUUUGUGAUCUACGCUUCACGCCAGAGCAAAAGCGUAUUUGUAGUGGUAGUCAACAGGCUGAGGCUUGUCAGUACGGCACAUGGUUCACUUCCGAAUGGAGUAAUUGCACAGGUGAUUGCUUCAAUUUACAGCGUAAGCGUGCUGUGCUUUGCCUGCGCGAUGGCGUGGCAGUGGAUGAGUCGGAAUGCGAUCUCUUGUUGCGUCCACGGGCUGUUAUGAAUUGCACACACAAGGAAGUGAUGUUUUGUGGGCCCAAGUGGCAUUACUCCGAGUGGUCGGAGUGCUCCCGCUCUUGUGGUGAUGGUGUUCAACGACGUUACGCCAAAUGUCUGGAAUUCGAUUGGAAACAAAAGGCGAUGGUAGAAUCGAGUAAUUGCAAAUAUUUGGAGCGUGAGCCAGUCUAUGGCACAUGCAAUGUGCAGAAGUGUGAAGAACUCAACACACUCUUCGAUGUGGAGCGUGAUAUUUUGAAGCCGGUAGAUCCACCUGUCAAUUGCAAAGAUGAAGUGAGUAAUUGUCAGCGGAUAAAUCGACAACGAUUGUGCAAAUUGCACUACUACAAAACCUAUUGCUGUGCCACAUGCAGCGGAUAUGCUUAGCAAAUGCGUUUAGCAAUGGCCAAUUGAGGAAAUGUGUGGCAGCGACGAGUGCAGGCGAGGAAGUUUCGCUCCAGCAGCUUCAGAACGGUGCUGAAGCUUUGCGCAUUUAAUUGUAUUUAAAUUAUUGGCAGCAACGACAAUAACAAUAACAAUUACUAUCAUAUUAUUAGUAUAGAAUUUUAUGUAGUCAGUUUAGCUAGUAAGUUGCAGAAAAGUUGAAAAUUGAAGAAAUUUAAGGCACUUACGGCGCUUACGGCACGUGUUGGCGGUAUGUGCCUGAGAAACAACAACAUAUUACAUUUGAUUACAAGUCCACUAAUUGGAUUUGUACGAAACAUAUACUCGAAAUGUUCGUAUAAGAUUUUUAACAAAAUGAAAGAUAAAUAUUUUCAGUACACCUUAAUUGCUUAAAUUUCGAAUAUUUUUGUGUCAAGUGAGAACAACAAUUUUAAAUGUUUUAGAAAACUUAGUGUAUGAGUACUAACCUGCCAUAUAGGCGCAUGUACAAGAGUAUAACUGCAUAUCGUCACCUGAAAUGCAAAACAACGUAUCAUCA